AUGCUUAGUUUACUUGCUAUUUCCUUUAUUGUUAUCACCAUUUGUUUUUUAUUAUAUAAAAAAAUCUAUAAUAAUAAAAAUAAUAUUAAUAGAAAUAAUAAUAAUAUUAAUAAUAAUAUUAAUAAUAAUAAUAAUAACAACAAACAAAAUCAACAACAACAAAAUCAACAUCAACAAACUCAACAACAACAAUAUCAGAAUCAACAAUAUCAACCAAAUGGAAGUUUUAGUUAUUUUCAGCAACCAACAUAUCAAUAUCAAUCACCACCACAACAAACACAACAACAUUACCCACAAUAUGAUUCUUUUAACCAUUAUCAGCAACCAACCAAUCAAUCUCAACCAUCAAUGAAUCAAUUCCAAAGUCAAAAUCAAUCUCCAUACCAUCCACAACAACAUUAUCAACAAUAUGGAAAUUACAACCAAUAUCAGCACCCAAAUAAUCAAUAUCAAUCUCCACCACAACAAACACAACCACCAAUGAAUCCACACCAUAGUCACCAAAAAAAAAAAAAAAUUGAUGAGGAAGAUAUUAAUUUAAAAAAAUGUUAUGGUAUGUCAAAGAGAUCAUUGAAAACUGACGAAAAAGAUGAUCAAUAUAAAAAGAAAUUUAAAUUUGAAGAUAUUUCAAAUAAAUUUAAUGUAUUUUCUAAGAGAUCAUUGGACGUUAAUGAAAAAUAUGUAGAGUCCAAUAAGAAAUUCAAAGAAGAUAGUUCAAGAAAAGGAAUUUCUAAGAGAUCAAUGAAUGCUGAUGAAAUAAAUGGAAAAUACCCAGUAGCUGCGGUAGAGGUCAAAAGAAAUAAUGGAUUUAGAUGCUUCAUUUGUGGUGACCCAAAUCAUUUUGCUAGAGAUUGUAAAGAUAAAUAUAAUAAUAAAAGUUAUAGAGGAGAUAAUAAUCAAUUAAGUUAUAACAAUUAUAAUAAUCAAUCGGGAUAA